AUGGAUAUCUUCUACGAUAUCAGCGUUUUUAAUGGUCAAGGAAUAAAUACCUGCCGCUUCUCGCUAGAGGCAGUAAGAUGCCUCCUCUUGAAUGCGCCUGACGAUUUUGAACUCGCUGGGAUAGUCGUCAACGCUUUAAGUCAUAUUACCCAUGAACCCAUAAGCGACAUGGCGGUGAUAGAAAUCGGCAAUUUCUUCACUGUGUUGUGUGACUGGCACGAUUGGCCAAUGUCAGUUAAUCCAGGAGUAACGCUUACUUAUGACCGACACGUUCAGGUUAUGGCGGUUGUGCAACUGCCCAUCAUUCCUGGCAAUGUCCCCCUCUCAAAAGGCAACCAGUAUAGCUACUUCCGCGACUGUAGACACCGAAAAAGACUUAAAGACCGUUGGGAAGCGAUCAAGGCUGAGUAUCUAGCCCAAAAUCCCCAUAUGGCAGAUCGUGAGACCCACCCUCGACGCAUAUAUGAAAUCCGUCGGCAAAUGGCCCAUGAUCUUGAAUGGGUCCACAAAGACAGAUUCCACCUCUUCGAGACUCCGCCUCGCACCUCGGAAGAGUUUCACCCUGUGAUUCCCCGACCCCCAUGGGAUAUGCCAUUUAUGAGUAAUCCUGGAAUGGAAUUGCCUAUUUUGCCACGCUUCACCGGACGAAGGACCCUUCCAGCGUCAUCAGCACCGAGGUCAGUGUCACUGUCAGAGCUGUGCCGCCUGAACCGGCCAACAGUGGGGCGUUUGCAGAACGGUGCAGACCAUUUUGAUUCGGCAACUGAUAGCUCAGGUACUGAACCGCCGGCAAAUUCGGAUUUGGAUAGUAAUGCUGCGAGCAGGAUCGGGAUAGCAACCCCUACACCAAUCAUGCACCCCGCUACUCCUGGCUAA